AUGUUAUCGACGGGACCCAAGCAGAGGAAUAUUGAUCCUAGAGAAAUAGUGGUUUUGUCCGACUCUUUCCCCACCGGACUUGAGUGCGGUACACUCAACGCCAACAUUCAACCAGGCAACUCUGUCGUAAUUGUCGGAGCUAGCCCGGUAGGUAUUGCUGCAAUGCUCACAGCUAAGUUGUAUACCCUAUACCUGAUUGUUAUGAUUGAUAAAGAUGAAAAACGACUGGAGCUUGCUCAAAAGCUUGGUGCUGACAAGGUAAUAAAUGUGCAAUCCUUCGAUGCCAUGGAACAACUCGAUUCCGUUGUUGAUGGCCGAGGAUUUGAUUCGGUCAUUGAAGCAGUUGGAGCUCCUAGUACAUUUGACCUUUGUCAAAAGUUGUUGGGUCCAGGGGGAUCGCUGGCAAAUAUUGGUGUUCAUGGCAAGCACGCAGCCCUGGAUCUUGACAAACUCUGGGAUCGGAACAUUACCUUUUGCGGCUAUUCCAAUCAGGUCGUCUCAAGCCAUCGUUGGUUACGCACCAGGCCUAUCAAGCCUUUCGAUCGGCAUCAAAAGAAGGUGUUUUGA